AUGAUGGCGAAACCUUCCGAUGCAGAAAUUAUAAAACUUUUUGAUAAUUUAGUACCAGAAUUAGAUCUUCCUGAAGAAGCUAUUCCAAAAAUGAAGGAAUGGGAUUGCAAGAAGAAAUGGGGAUUCUACAUGGGUCAAAUGAUGCAUGCAUCUAUGCUUCCAUCUCCCGAAUGUUUCCUCCAAUAUUUGAAAUUUAACCCAUGCUCCGAAGGAUUCAAGCAGCUUCACACAAACUUAAGUAAGGAAAUGGCUAGCUGGUCCGAUCAAUUUCUUAAAAUCAAUGGUCAUCUCUUUUUAAUUGAGCAAUUUAGAUUAUACUACCAAACAAUCAAGCAAACCAAAAAAUUACCAGAAUCGAAGAAUGAAGAAUUUAACGACAUCUUAUCCUGCUUCAAGGAUAUCGCGAACACCGAUGACGGCUCGAGAAUUUUAGUCAAACAAACCGAGCUCGCUUCACUUUUGAUUAAUUCCAUACUCCCGAAUGACUCCAAAGCAUUCGGCCUCAUCAUCAGUAUUGUAACACCAUUCGUUCUCGAAUCCAAGGAUGUUACUGAAAUGGUUAACGAGUUUGAUCAAUUAGAGCGCAAUAACACAAAAGGCUUCAAGAUUCUCGCGAAAAUGAUUUCCGACAAUCCAAAUGAAGUCAAAGGCGACUCAUCCAUUAUUCGUCCCAUCAUUGUCUUCUUAAACGCCAUGCUUCUCGCACAUUCGAAGAAGAUGUCGAGAUACGUUAACUUCCUUUUCCAUUUGGAGAACGAUGGCGUCCUUCAUACCCUUAAAGAUUGCAAAUUGAAACCCCAGUCCAAAGUUGAGUCUGGUUGCAGCGCUCUUCUUCAAAGGUGCGAUGACAUCUUAGUUCCACUCCAUACAAUGUAUCCAAAAGUUCCAGUUAACGUAUUCCAUACAAAGGAAAUCUUCCACAUUAUCGACCUUGUUAUACCUAAGGAGUUCUGUGGUAUCAUGCAGUGUAUCUCAGAUAUAGUUACAAAUCACUCAGAGCACACAAAACGUGUAAUCACUUACAUUUUGAACUUUUUACAGUACUACAGACACUUUAUGCUACACAAAGUUUCAUUCUCUCUGGAAGACCUUUCCUCACAGGUCGCCAAAAUCGAUACUAUCUACGAUGCCGGAAUGCACGCGAACUCUUUUACCAUGGAAAAUACAGUUCAGAUGCUUUAUAACGCUUCUCACUUCAUUGAUAGCGAAUCUCUUAAGGCAUUACCACUUCCAAAGCUCGAAUCUGUUGAUGUUACAAAGAAUGAUGAACUCGCAGCUAAAAUUGGCGUCCUUACAGAACAGUUGAACGGUCUUAAGAAGCAUAUCAACUUCCUUAACCAAUCAAAGGACGGAUUAUCUAAGGAAGUCGAUGCAGAAAAGGGCCGCAACAAAGAAUUAAUCGAUAAAUUGAAUACAAACGAAGUAGAAAUCAGCAAACUUCGCGAAGAAGUGAAGACAGCGAAUAAUUUGAUUGCAAAACUCAAACAAGAUGAAGAAGAGAGACAAAAGAAGGAAGCAGCAGAGAAGGCCAGAAAGGAAGAAGAGGAAAGAAAGAAGAAAGAAGAGGAAGAGGCCCGUCAUAAGAAGGAAGAAGAGGAAAUGAAGCAGAAACAAGCCGGCGAUGCUCAAAAGACAAACGACCAGAACAAGAAGGUCGCUCAGCUUGAGGAAGAACUCAAGCAACUCAGAGAAGAUUCAGCCAAGAUCAUCGCAGAUCUUCAGCAUCAGCUUGAAUCUGCCAGAUCCCAGCCACCUCCAACAGAUUUAGCUGGAGCACCACCUGUAGCACCUCCUCCACCUCCUGUUGGCGCUCCUCCGCCACCUCCACCGCCACCACCGCCUCCUCCAGGCGUUGCAGCAGCUGCCCCACCUCCUCCACCUCCACCGCCGGGACUCGCAGGUUUGGUUCCUCCUCCGCCGGUCGGAGCCGGAAUCUUACCUCCUCCACCGCCUCCUCCAGGCGCUCCAGGCAUGCCACCACCUCCACCAGGCAUGCCAAGAGCUCCUGCUCCAGCCAGACCUAAGAAGAAGAACGAAGCUCCACCGAAGAAGAUGAAGAGUUUGUUCUGGCAAAAGAUUCCUGACCAGCAGAUCUCUCCAACAAUCUGGACAACGAUCGAUGACACUAAAGUCAACUUCCAGACAGAUGAUUUCUUGGAGCAAUUCGCUGCACCAGUCAUAGAGAAGGAGAAGAAGGAAUCAGAAGGACAGUCACUUGCGAAGAAGCAGGUUGAACUCAUCGAUUCCAACAAGGCACGUUCAGUCGCCAUCAUCCUUUCUCGCUACAAGAUGUCAUACGAAGAUAUCGUGAAGCACAUCAAACAGGUCGAUAUCGACGAGUUCACAGAAGAUCAGAUCAAUGCCAUGAAGACAAACCUUCCUACACCGGAAGAAGUUGGUGAAGUCAAGGGAUACACAGGAGAUCCAGCUCUUCUCGGCAAGUGCGAACAGUUCUUCCUCGAACUCAUCAAGAUCGAGAACCCAACAAUCCACUUCGACCUCAUGUUCCUCAUCAAGACAUACGACAGCCAGAUGACAAUGAUCAAACCACCAUUGGAAGCUCUCAAGAACGCUUUCUAUGUUCUCGAGAAAUCCACAAAACUCAGAAACAUCUUCUCUGUCAUUUUGAGAUUGGGUAACUACAUGAACGGUGGCUCAUCUCGUGGUGGCAUCUCCGGAUUCAAGAUAGACACAUUGGACAAAGUAAGAGAAGUCAGAUCAUCCAAAUCUAACUCAAUUACUUUGCUCCACUUCAUUGUCCAAACAAUGCAGGAGUUCUAUCCAAAGGAUUGGGACAUAACAGAAGAAUCAGCAACAUUCGAAACAUCAACUAAAGCUGAUUUAGAUACAAUUGCAAAUAACAUCAAGGCUGUUCAGUUGAACUUCAACAAGUGCCAGAGUUACAUGGAACAAGCUGAGAAGGGAGUUAUUGAUGGCGAUUUAUUCCAUCCUAAAUUCUCAGAGUUCUCCACUGGAAAGGAGCAAGAAUUAACAAAGCUCAAGGAAGAAUGCGACAAAGUUGCAGAGCGCGCAAACAACAUCAUCAAUUUGUAUGGAGAAAGCCCACAGAAGAUGAAACUCGCGGACUUCCUCAACACAUUCAAUACAUUCACAACAGAAUACAUGAAAGCUGCAGAAGAUAUCGCUAAGCAGAAGGCAGCGAAAGCAGCAAUGAAGGAGAAGAGAGAAAAGAGAAGAGAACAGUCAAACUCAAUCCUAAAGAAAGGUCACCUCGACCAGGUUAUGUCCGCCCUCGAAGAUGGCUCUGGACUCAACCAGAUGAAGGCACCAAAGAAGUUUGGAAGAGUUACUCCAGGUAAGCCACAAAUGAUGGCUCCAGUCAGCGACUUACAGGCGGCAUUCCUCAAAGUAAGAGCAAAGAAAUAA